AACAACUCGGAAUAGAAUCGCGAAAACAGUGAGUGAAAAAUGUUAAGAGCAGCUCAUUUCCCUCCCAUAGCGUCGCCCACAGCUUUCGUUGCUCUUAGGAAAUCUUUGGUUCCAAUCCUCACCAUCUCCUCUUUUCCUUCUUAUAAUUCUCUUCACAGAAUCUCCGCUUUUUCUGCUUCUCACUCUUUCUUCUCCAGACCCAUCACUCCUUCCCGCCCGUUUCCUUCAACACUUACCCUCAGGCAAGUCUCUCCCAUGGUGGGUCAUCCACAACUCAGACUAUCAGCUUCAUUUAACUCCGAGAGUAGCUAUGGAGAUAGCAGAGAAAUAUUGGUACAGCACUUGCUUUUAAAAGUAGACGACCAGAAUCUCUUGGUGGAGCUUCAACAGAGAAUAUCAGGAGGGGAGGAUUUAGGUGAUCUUGCUGUUGAAUACUCGAUAUGUCCGUCCAAGCAAGAGGGAGGAAUGCUUGGAUGGGUAAGAAAGGGACAAAUGGUGCCAGAAUUUGAGGAGGCUGCUUUUAGUGCACCUUUAAACAAAGUCGUGAAAUGCAAAACUAAUUUUGGAUGGCACUUGUUACAAGUUCUAUCUGAGAGGGAAGAGUCAUUGCUUAAAGACAUUCAACCAGAGGAGUUUCGAGCAAAAAUGCAGGACCCUAGUUUCAUUGAAGAGUCUCAGUUGAUCGAUGUCAGGGAACCUGAAGAAGUGUCUCAAGCAUCUUUACCAGGAUUCCAAGUUCUUCCUCUACGCCAGUUUGGAAGUUGGGGGCCUGAAAUAACUACCAAACUUGAUCCAAUGAAGGAUACAUAUGUCAUGUGUCACCAUGGCAUGCGAUCGUUACAGGUUGCAAAGUGGUUACAGACUCAGGUUAAUGUUAUUAUCUUUACAUUCUCCGUUUUACUUGUUAUCUUCACAGUUCUUGGAUGUGUUUAUUCGUAAUUCACAUUUGCUUUCAGCUCCUCACUC